AUGGAUCGUUUGAAGAAGAAGAGAUCAUCGGCACGCGCUCAGAAUACCAAGAUAAUCAACGAGGCGACAGCUAUUUUGGAAAGCGACAGCGUCGAUAGAGCGACAAUCAUCGCAUUGAAGGAGCGACUGACAUCCAGCAAUGACAAGCUGAAGAAGGUAUCGGACGAAAUGCAAGAUCAAAUUCCAACAGAGGAGCUCGCGUCUGAAUACGCCGCAGCAGCAGACUACGAAGACCAAGCAGUAGCGACACUUGCACGCCUACAGCACCGAAUCGAAGACAUCAACAACGCGCCGAGAGCCGUCGACGCUGGAAAUUCAGCAAGUACCGUCCAUGCUCCUACGAAUGUCGGCAAUGCACAUAUCGGACCCCGCCUACCUCGACUGGAGAUCAAGCCGUUUAACGGAAACAUACGUGAGUGGACGGCUUUCUGGGAGCAGUUUGAAGGCACCGUGCAUUCAAAUGCGACACUAAGCGAGACGGACAAGUUCCAUUACCUUCGGAAUUUACCUGAGAGGAGAAGCUGCUGCAGGAAUCGCUGGAUUUGCGACUACAAGCGCAUGCUACGGAAAUGCAGUUCAGCUACUCAAAGGCAGAUAUGGGGAUAA